CUCUGUUCUCAGACAUAAUCGACUUUUCCGGCUUACACGUAGGACAAGCAUCACUAAGCCAAUUUGGGUUCUGUCUCGUCUUGGUCUCGGGGUAAUGCUUGACACUUGCCAGUGACCUCUGGAAGUGGAAAGACAAGAGUCUGUCCAAGGCCGAUCAGUCACACUCGUGUUACGCCACCCGCACUGAUGCGCGUCGUCCCGCGCCGAUAGUAUAAACACCCAAGAAACCCCAGUUGUGGCUCCCUCCUCGAAAUUCAAACACCGGCCUGCUCAGCUCUCAUCUUCAACGUCACGGCCAGCAAGCAUGUCGGUCUCCGGAACCCAGUCUGAGAAUGAGGCCCAACUGCGUCCACCUGAAGCCGAGAAGGACACUUCCGACGUCCGCGUCCGGGAUGGAACUGUCACGAAGGUGAUUCACGCCGAUGGCGCGGUGGACUAUGUUGACUUGAAGGCCAUUGGCGGCGAUUAUGCCACAAUGCAUCAGGGAUAUUUCCGAAGUCCACAAUUCCUCGGCACUUUGACGGCUCAAUGUCUCGCUAGCAUAUGUGCUUACGUUGCCUGGGUGUUACCUUCGAACACACUGAGCCUUCUGAAUGCAGAACUUGGGCCAUCCCCUAAUAUUACCUGGGUGGCCACUGUGUACACCCUGGGCUGCUCCGUCGGCUUCCUCCUGGUAGGCCGACUAUCUGAUCUCUACGGCCGCAAAUGGAUCGUCCUCGGAACCUCGAUGUUGGGACUGAUAGGGUGCGUCAUCGGAUCUUGCGCCCAGACUGUGGAGACGCUGAUCGCGGCAAACGUCCUCAACGGCCUGGCAUCUGCCGGGCAGCUGUCCUUCAACGUCGUCAUGGGGGAGCUGGUGCCAAACAAGUGGAGGGGGGUUGUCUGCUCCUUCAUCCUGCUCUCUUCUCUCCCCUUCGCCGUCUUUGGUCCCGUGAUCGCGCGGUCCUUCUUCAACAAUACGGUUUCUAGAUGGAGGUGGAAUUACUACAUGGGAGACAUACUGGGGUUUAUAUCCCUGGUACUGUACUGGUUCUUUUACCAUCCACCAUCCUACGAUCAGCUCCACGUCCACGGGAAGACUAGGUGGCAGAUGACCAGAGAUCUGGACUUUGUCGGAAUCUUCCUGUACGUUGCCGGCUGUGUGCUUUUCCUGGUCGGUCUUUCGUGGGGAGGGUCUGUAUAUCCAUGGGUGAGCGCGGAAGUUCUCUGCACCCUGCUCGUCGGAGUCGCAACAUUGGCCGCGUUUGCCGUCUACGAGGGCUAUUUCUGCAGGGUCCAGCCCCUAAUGCCGCCGAGAAUGUUCAGGAAUGUCGGCUUCGUAGCCAUCAUUGCCAUCGCCGUUGUCGGAGCCAUGGUUUAUUUCUCGCUCACCGUGCUCUGGCCCACGAUCAUUGGCUCUCUCUACACUGCCGACUCGAUGCAAAUCGGCUGGCAGAGUUCUGUGGUUGGUGGGGGGAUGCUCCUCGGUCAGACGAUGGGCGGGUUCUGCAUCUCGUACGUGCCCAAGGUGAAGUGGCAGGUCAUUAUCGCGUCAGCACUUGCCUUUGCAUUCGCCACGUCCCUCACGACUAUUUCCCCCGAUCGAUGGUCGGCAACUAUAGCUCUGGGAAUUCUGCUCCUCAUUUCCGUUGGAUUUGUCGAGAACAUCUCCUUUCCAGGAGUCACGCUCGUGUGGGAAGCACAAGACAUCGGCCUCGCAACCGGCGUCCUGGGCUCCAUACGCAGCCUCGGCGGCUCCAUCGCGACAGCGCUGUACUCGUCUGUCCUCGCGAACGAGCUGGACAAGAACUUACCCAAGUACGUCGUGCCGGCUGCCACAGACGCGGGCCUCCCGGAGUCGUCCGUGGAAUCCCUCCUUGCUGCCCUCACGGCCGGUGACUUCUCCGGGGUUCCGGGCAUCAGCCCCGAGAUCAUUGAUGCGGUCGGCGGGGCGCUUAAGACGGCGUACGCCAGUUCGUUCAGGGUCGUGUUCUACGCGACCAUUCCGUUUUCUGUCAUCUUGCUGCUGAGCGCGUUCUUGGUGCCGGACAUGAAGAAGUUCCUCAGCCACAACGUCGCGAAGAAACUGCAGGAGGGUAAAUUUGAGACCCGUGCUAAAGAGAAGAAAGAGAUAAGGGAGUAG